AAGUGAGCGAUUUGUCCCGUUUCAGACCGACAGCGUUAAAACCUUCAUCUUUCCUCUAGGAUUAUUUAACAGACCGGUUUAGACAGCAUGGAAAUCGAAAAAGAAGUGAAAAAGAUGACCCUGGGCCAUGAAAUAGGAGCUGGUGCAGCUUGUCUUAAAUGCAAGGACAAGUGUGAGGGCUUUGAGCUUCACUUCUGGAGAAAAAUCUGUCGCAACUGCAAGUGUGGCAUCGAGGAUCAUGACGUGCUGCUGGAAUCGGAAGAAAACCAGAAGGUGGGCCGACUCUUUGAAGAUACUAAGUACACCGGCCUCAUCGCCAAGCUGAAGAAGGAUGGACUGCCCAUGUACCGAGGCAACCAGAUGACCGUUACCAUAAGUACACCUGCACUAGGCUCUGCGGUAUACAUCCCAUCAUCUGGCACUGCGGCCCCAUGGAGCCCUGGUGCUCAAUCUGCUUCUAGCCAUGGUGCCCCCUUUUCCCCAGGCUAUGGCGCUGGAUCAGCCUCAAGCCAUGGUGCUCUGUCCACCUCAAGCCAUGGAACCCCAUCCUCCACCAGCCAUGGUGCCCCAUACUCGACCAGCCAUGGAAUUCCAUCCUCCACAAGCUAUGGCACACCAUCCUCCGGCCAUGGCACACCAUCCUCCACCAGCCAUGGAACCCCAUCCACUACAAGCUAUGGUGCCCCUUCUGCUGGUAGCCACAGUGUCCCAUCUCCAGGAAGCCACGGAAAGCCCUCCGUCGGUGGCCAUGACACUUCUUCUGUUCCCAGCUAUGCUUCCUCUGGCACUAGAAAUGGUGCUCCUUCUGCUCCAACCCAUGGUGCUUCUUAUGGAGUACCUUCAUCUGCAAACUAUGGUGCCCCCUCUGGUCCCAACUAUGGCGCCUCCGCUGGCACGAGUCAUGGAGCCCCAUCAGCAGCAGGCCACGGUGCUCCCUCUGAUCACAACCAUGGCCUCCCCAUUGGUGCUCACAUUGCUAAUACUGGCACCCCUGGUGCUUUGGCAGCCAAAAAGGAUGUGGUUAAAGCUGUCACGUAUGAGUGGGCACCCCCAGGAAUUGACCAGAGUUUGGCUCUGCGCUACAUGGAGCUGCUCCCACCAGAGCGACGUCCCAUAGCGGGCACGCAAGGGGCAGAUUACCGCAAGAAGCAAAUGGCCAAGCAGCUGCCUGAGCAUGACCAGGACCCUGCGCGAUGCCAUGAGCUCUCUCCUGCAGAGGUCAAACAAAUGCAGCAGUACGUUCGCAAGUACAAGGACGAGGCUCUUGGUAUAGGUGACCUGGCUCUCCCAGGCGAGCUGGCUGCUCACACAGGACCUCAGAUCUCAGGCACUGAAGCCAAGUCUGCACCUGGAACAGGACCAGCACCAGGAGAAAAGGGCAUCGCUUCUAUCGGCAAGGCUGGGACACCGGGGGUGCCAGGAGCUGUGGGCAGCAGUGGUCCUGCUGGUAACUAUGCAUGCUAUCAGUGCCAGCGGGCCAUGAAGACCGGUGACCCGGCCGUGUAUGCGGAACGAGCCGGCUACGACAAGCUGUGGCACCCGGCCUGCUUCGUCUGCUGCACCUGCAACGAGCUGCUGGUGGACAUGAUCUACUUCUGGAAGAAGGGCAAGCUGUACUGCGGUCGUCAUUACGGAGACAGCGAGAAGCCUCGCUGCGGAGGGUGUGAUGAGCUGAUAUUCAGUAACGAGUACACUCAGGCCGAGGGGCAAAACUGGCACCUCAAGCACUUCUGCUGUUUUGACUGUGACUGCGUCCUGGCUGGAGAGACCUAUGUCAUGGAGAACGACAAGCCUGUCUGCAAGCCCUGCUACAUGAAGAUUCAUGCUGUGCUGUGUUCGGCCUGUCGGAAGCCGAUCGAGCCCGAGGCGCAGCGUCUAUCCUACGGUGAACACCACUGGCACGCCGAGCCCGAAUGCUUCCGGUGUGGCGGCUGCACCAAGUGCCUUGUGGGUCAGCGCUUCAUGGUCCUGCAGGGGAAACCAAUCUGCUCCGUCGAAUGUAAAAAGAAAGUCAUGGCUGCUUAAAGAAGAAUAAGACUCCUGCACAGCUUUGAUCAAGACCGAGUCCUCGCCGAUGUUAGAGGCACCAUCACUGCUGAUAGAUAAAACAUCCUAAAUCCAAUGAUUCAAUCCAACACUGCCAUAUUUCCUUUCUUUAUUUCAUAAUCCAACCUUUGUUUACUGCAUCUGUAGCAUAUGUUUGAUUACCUUUUUCCAGGUACUCCCUUAAACAUGCCAAAGGUGGAUUGAGUGUGUGAUGCACUGUGUUGGACUAGUGCUGGACUCAACGUUACCCUGACCAGGAUGAAAUAGUAAAAAUGAAUAGAUCAUGUACGGUAUCAUGGUAAUGCAUCAGGUAGUAUUGGUACUGCCCAGCUUUAGGUAUCUGGGUUCAAUCCUCACCUUUGAUGUGUCUGUGUGGGUUCCCCCCAGUAACUCUGGAUUCCUCCCACCUUCAAAACAUGGCAAUUGGUGGAUUGGCAUAACCAAAUUGCCCCACAUAUGCAUGCCUGAAUAAAUAGCAGUUAGAUGGUCUCCCACCCUCCUGUCUUUUAUCAGCCAAUGGCAGUUAAAGCUGUUGGUUCCUGGUUGUGAUGGUUCUUUUUUCAAUUUGGCACAUUCUUCUUGUGUCUGCAUAGGUUCAUUUCAGGUACUCUGGUUUCCUUCCAACUCCCAAAAGCAUGCAGAAGGGAGCAUUAGGAAGUAUUAGGGAGUAUUGGCUGCUUUUAAUUACCCCGAUGUGUAAGUGAAAACAUUCAGCUAUGAUUGUGGUUUGCCCUGACGGGGAUUAAAAUUAAAUUGGAGUGUCUGGGAGGCAGAGCGGUCUAACAUGCUGGUUCGGACCUCAGUAGAGCCACCGACCUGGCCGGGUGUCCAAUAGACACUAUUGGCCAUGUCUGUGGGCCAAAAGACCCUGCCAUGAGCUUGUUUGGACAUUUCAAGAAAUAGUUGCAUUAAAAUAGUUACAUCUAUGUGAUCCUUUAGGUAUAACAAAAGCCAAUAUUCUGAGAAGGCUUCUCACAAAGACUUAAAAGUAUGUCUGUGGGAACUUGUGCCUAUUUAGUCAAAAGUGUAUUUGUAUGGCUGGGCACUUGUGUUGGUCAGGAAAGUCUUAAUUAAUGUUCCAUAUUCUGAAGCUGGAUAAAUCAGCAAAUACACUGGUUGUGCUUUACCAUGAAUUCUGAUUGCUGAUAAUGUUAUGACAUUAUAUCUGAUCUAGAUAAACUCUUGAUAAGGAAUUCAUUUAUAAAUCAUUUAAAUUGACACUUAGUCAAGGUGCGUUCGGGUGGCGCAGCAGUAAAAUACGCUAGCUCACCAAUGCUGAGAUACAGGGUUUGAAUAUCAGAGGUGCUAAUGGCCAGCCGGGCAUCUACACAGACAAGAUUGGCUGUGUCCUGUAUCGCAGGUUCUGGAUUGGUGCUCUGCCCAGUUGCCCGCUGUGUUACAGACCUAAAUCAUGCGGUUAUCCAUCAAGGUGUCUAUGGUAAUCAUCCAUAAAUUACAGAUGUGGUAGAUAAAGGGUUGGAAAUAUUUGUUUACCUCUUGAACCCAUAUCACUGGGCCACUGGGGGCGUGUCCACACCGUGCCUGACCAGAGUCUUUUUCAGUAUUCUUAAAUUUUUCUAAUAGAACAACACAAUAUUGACCUGUGCGCCUUAAAUAAGUUUGUCUGAACUCACUUUUCAUACAAGUUCUUUAAACGUGUGCUUUUGCAUACUGAGGCCUGAAGAUCAGUCAGCAAUACAGUGAAUGUAAAUCAGUGGAGCCAGGCAGAAUCUCAGCAGUAACGGACCAUGGUUCAGUACACAGUACAUACCGCCACUGUGCUACUGAGUCCAAAGUGUUUAAUCAAAGUAUUUAAUGAAAUCUUCGUCUGUUUAGUAUUAUUUCAUUAUUUCUGACUAUUCUGCUAAUUUCACGACUACUUAAAUUAAAUUGCACUUUAUUGCACUUGUUUUUUUACUGUCUUGCUUUUGUAUGGUAAUAAAUCAUUUGCGAGAGAAAUUGACUCGA